AUGACUUCUCAGCAGCCCUUCCCGAAAGAUGACUUCUGUAUCUACUAUGUCCUCGGAGAACGUGCAGAUGACUAUACCAUCCCCGUGAAUGAGGCUGAUGAGAACCAGCCCCACCUGCAAGGUGUGACUGGUCUGCGGAACCUGGGCAACACGUGCUACAUGAAUGCCAUCUUACAGUGUCUCAGCAGCAUCUCGCCGCUGGUGGAAUACUUUCUCUCCGGAAAGUAUAUUACUGCUCUUCAAAAGAGCUGCAGUGAGGUGGCCACUGCUUUUGCCUAUCUGAUGACAGACAUGUGGCUUGGAGACUCAGACUGUGUCUCACCAGAAAUAUUUUGGUCAGCUCUCGGAAACAUCUACCCAGCAUUUAUGAAAAAGACACAGCAGGAUGCGCAAGAAUUCCUGAUUUGUGCCCUGAAUGAACUUCAUGAAGCGCUGAAAAAGUAUCACCAAAGAAGAUCAUAUGAGAAAGGAUCUACUCAAAGAUGCUGCAGGAAGGUGAUUACCAACGAGUCCUCCAUCAUCACCCGGCUGUUUGAAGGGCAGCUCAGUUAUGGCAUCAUCUGUCUAAAGUGUGAGAACUGCACCCAUAAGAGUGAAAUCUUCACAGUCCUCUCCCUCCCCAUUCCAUCUGAGUAUGAAUGCUCUCUUCAGGACUGCCUCCAGUGUUUUUUUCAACAAGACACACUGACCUGGAAUGACCAAAUUCAUUGCUCUGUUUGUGAAGCCAAGCAAGUAACAGCAGUGAGGGCCAGUCUGUCCAAAGCACCAAAAAUAAUUAUUUUUCAUUUAAAAAGGUUUGACAUUCAGGGUACAAUGAAAAGAAAACUGAGAACGGAUAUUCAUUACCCACUCACCAACUUGGACCUCACUCCUUAUAUUCAUCCAGUUUUUCGGAAACAUCCUAAAUACAACCUCUGUGGAGUAGUGAACCACUUUGGUGACCUGGAUGGUGGCCACUACACUGCUUUCUGCAAGAACUCAGUUUCCCAGGCCUGGUACAGCUUUGAUGACACACGCAUCAGCAAGAUUCCAAAAACUUCAGUUCAAACUGCUACAGCGUAUCUCCUGUUCUAUAGCUGCCAGCCCUUUUCUAUACCUAUACAAAAAUGCAAGAGCUAG